ACAAGGAGUUGAAGUGACGUCGAAUCAAGGCAGCUUUUAUCCCGACUUUUAUUUCGUUGAUGCGAUGAAGACAACACUGUUGCUUCCCGUGGUUCUGUUAUGUCUAUUUUACGUGGUUAAAACUGAAACAUCCAUAAGCAACAACGAUUUGGAGUCUACAGGAUGUGAUUGUAACUCCACUUCCUGUGGUUGCUGUGCAGAUUUGAUUGUUGAGAAAAUUGAAUUGAAUACAUCCGUGUGUAUGAAUAUAUCAUAUCUACCAGAAGAAAUUGGCUUCUCUUUUAUUAUAUCACUUGGUGGUGAUGUGGUCUACAAUGAAACAAUUUCAGUCAAAAAUCCACCACCAAUUUGUUUUGGUGUACCAUAUAUGAAACAGUACUUCAGUCUUUGUCUAGAGUUUUACAACAUGGACUAUUCAACAACCAGUCUGUCUGGCUGUGCAAAAAUAGAAGCCAUGCUGUAUGCCGCUGUAGUGGAAAGUGUGGAUUUGGGAUGCUUCAAGAUCCCGCCUGGAAAAGAUAUUAAAGUUAUGACGAUGGUAGAUUCCAAGUAUGCUGGAAUGAUGGGAAAUGGGAUGAUGCACAAAGCAAUGGGAAGAGGCAUGGCCAUGGCGAUGGUCAAUGGAAAAGGAAGAGGGAUGAGGGAGCAUAUGGAGAAACUAGAGCGGGAAGAGCAAGAGAUGAGGAUGCGUGUAACUGGAAUUAAGAAUGGACGAGAAACUCAACAAGGUUUUGACAAUUACAUUCACUGAUUGUCUUCUCUUUUCUCACACCAUCAACGCAGACUUACUGGUUGUGAAAUGAUACUGUGUGUUAAUCUCUGUGUGUGAUAUAUGUCUGUCUUUGUCUAAAACUCACACGUUUCUUUUUCCAUAUAUGGAUGCACGGUCUACCGGUAGUGGUUUUCAAUCUAUCUACUGUUCUUCCCCAAUCAUAAGUCCCUCCUGAGUAUAAGCCCACUCUUCUAUAUUUAAACAUUUAAUCAGUUGAGGGCAUCCCCGAUUAUAGACCCAGGGUGUUUUUACCGGGCGUGAACGACAUUUAUUAAAAUAUGCAUGUAAAAAGUAUGUUUCAUUGCAUGAAAAUCGUGACUGAUACGGUAGUUUGGUUCGUGCUUUUAUGAGAAAACUCGCAUUAAUUGUGCAUGGUGAACGUACACAACAUGGUUCACAACAUUUCUGUUAUUUACUCAAGAUGAAACCCAAUGUUGCAAUACUGAGGUAAUCCAUACAUUGUAUCUGUUUGAGUAGUAGCUUUCGAAACACCGAAAAUAUGAUAACCUGGUCGUUGGACAUUGUUUUACUUUUCCGGGUAUCGUGUCCAUUGAGACUAUCUUGAAUUUGGAGGGAAUGACUUAUGGCCUUAUGAUCGGGGAAGUGCGGUACUGAACCAACCUUGAUGUGGGAAGCUAUUUCAUUCUUACUUGCUAGAUUGUGUGCAUAAAAUUGUUUAUGAAAUGAAACUGUGCAAUUCCCAAAUGUUGUACAUGGCACAAUUAAAUAUUACAAAAAAUCAUGGCAGUACAAUAGUGGGAAUUUAGUCUUUUCAGUUUUUCCUAUAAUGCUAAUUUACUUUUCCCAUUUUAUGUUGAAGGAUUUAGAUAGCUCCUGCUGUACAACAUUUUUCUUACUUCGUGUAUAUUUCGAGUCAGAUGAUACUUUAUCGUUUGGCUGGUAAUGAUAUUGAAAAUAAGUCAACACACCAGAAAGAGAAUGUUUUGAUACUAUAUUUAUCACCAACACUGUUACUUAUGUAAAAGUAGUAUUUGGCUUCCCAUUAUACUGACUAUAGUUGUUUUAUUCUCUCUACAUGGUUCCUGUGUAAGUUUCAAAAAAGGGUUACCCGCAUUUCCUCAUUUUUCAGACCUUAAAGACAGUUUAAAGGUUUUGAAAAGUUCUGAAAAACUUAUUUCAUCAAUUUAAAAUCAGCACUUUAAACUAUUUGUGCUAAAUGUUCGACUGAGUUUGGUCUUUCCUCUGUGCAUUUCUUGUUUACCAAUCAAAUAAAUGUUUAGUGUAUAUAAAAAUAUUGCAUAUAUUCAAAGAGAUUCACAUGAUUUAUUAUAUUUCUUUAUAAAUAAUUUUGUGUGAAUUUAAAAUGGAAAACAAUAUAUAACCCGCUGUAUUAACAUGUUAUAUUUAUUGUAAUGUAUUCUUUAUUAAAUUUAUUAUAAACAAAAUUACCAUGU